ACUCAGCACCUGCGGGCGGAUGUCCGCUCGCCAGUGCCAAGACCCAAGACCAUGACAAUAACCCCGAUGAUGGAUAAAGAGAAGCAGCUCCUGAUCUGUGAGGCUCAGAGGUUUAACCCCCUGGAGCUGAACAUUUCCUGGAGUUUCUCCAACCUGGAAAAUCAGACGCAGGACACUCUGGUGGAGAACGCGGACGGCACCUACACCAAGAGGUCCACGGUGGGGAUAGCAGAUAUAAUGCGGGAGCGAGAGGUGACCUGCAGCCUGCAGCACAUCUCACUGACCGCUCCGCUCAAUGACACCCUGUAUGUGUCCGACCCCUCUCCCGUCCGCUAUCAUUAUCUGUUCCUUCUCCUGCUCAUCCUCCUGGUUUUGUUUGUGGUUUUCGUGUACCGGAGGCAUCAGAGCCGCAGUAAUGGAAGCAGACCAGCGAUCUGUGUCAGGAAGAGGAGAAGGGAGAACCAAUCCACACAGGACGGAGUCGGUGUGCAUUAUUCCUCCAUCUUCCACGGUGGAGGAGAAACACAGAGGCAGCUGCCCAGAAAGCGAGUCACAGAGGAAGACAGCGCGGAAUACGCUGCUGUGAAAAUAGCGGCGGCCAUUACACCAGACGCUACGACCUACGGACAGAACAUGGAGGAGCCAUUCCUGUCCUACGCCACGUUACGAAUAUCUCCCCCACAGACAGAUAUCACUGCUGUGGUACACAGAGAACCCGGACACCAGCAUCCAGAGCAAACCUACGCACGGGUACAAUGCCGCUGAACGGGUUAUUACAAGAUGGAGA